AGCUUUCUCACUAUUGUCUAACAAGUGCUGAAUUUGGGCUUCCUGUGGUAAACAAAGAUGGCGGAUGCGUGCAAAGAGCUACAAGAGGAAUAUAUGGUGGAUUCAACGUCGAAAUGUGGUCAAGAAAAGAAGUAUCCACAUGCAGCUGUACUGAAUUAUCUUAUAGACAUGUUCAUUGUAGGUGCUAUCGCUGUAAAGGAAGAGCUGUUACAAGGAAAACAGAACUACGGCACUGGAACGAAGCUCGUAUAUCAUCUUCAUUUCACAACUCGAAAGAGGACGAAGCUUUUGGACAAAAUACGUUUGAAGAACAUGAAACAUCUGAUGUCACGAUGGAAACUUCAGAAAAUAUCGAUUGCGAAAUAAAUGUUGUCCAAGAUGUAUGUAUGAAUCAUGACAAUGAAAAUAGAAAUGACAUGGAAGAUGACUUCAAUCAAGGCAACCCUUACAAAAGACUUGUUGUAAAGGCUGUUCUGCAAGCUAUGACUAUUGUGGAUAAUAGUGGGUGUUCAAUAAAAACAUUCGAGGAUAUUUUGAGUUAUGGGAGGACAAUGUUAUUUACCAACCUUGAUCCAGAAAUUGAUGAGGAUAUUUUGGCUUCUCUAUGGCCAAAAUCUUGGUCAGAAGUACAGUCGCUUUUGAAAGAAGAGGGAUUCACAGACCCAAAGGAAUAUUAUAUUUGCAUUUGUCGAGCAGAGAAGUCUUUCACAAGAAAUGGUAAGACAACUAAAAAGUACCUGUAUUCCCGUAAGUGGGGUAUUAUGGAGAGUAAAAAUGAGUUAUGCCCCAACUGUGGAAAAUGUGGAUAUAUAAAGUAUUACUAUCUUGGUUUACAUGAAAAGCUAAAGAACUGGUUUCGGAAUCUAAAUAUGUGUAGGAAAAUGCUAUCACAUUGGCAAGAACGAGAACACUGGUUAAAGAGAAACACAAGUUGGCCCUUAAAAAAAGAGGUUUGGGAUGGGGAAAGAUGGUUAGAGGUGCAGUGGUUUUGGGACCCAGAUCAAUUGUGGACUGUCCCAACAAGGUGCGGGGAGUGUCUCACUGUUAUUUCAUCAGACUUAAUCAAUUCAUCUCCAAAAGAUAUUGAUGGUUUGUCAUUGCUCGAAUGUCCAGAAUGUUUUAAUAAAUUUUCACAUAAAGCUGAAGUAGCAAGGGGUUCUCCUUUGAAUCUGGCAUUAAUCGGACACUGGGAUGGCUGGCAGCCAUUCAGUACAAGUGGCAGAAGUUGUGGUUCUCUUGAAGUUUCCAUAUUAAAUAUGUUCAAGACAGAUAGAUCACAUAUUGAUGAAGUAUAUGUUAUUGGUUUUGUACCGUGUACAACUGUGCCAAAAGGUGUACCAGAGGCUUAUGAUCCAUUUAUACAGCCACUCAUUAAUGACCUCUGUGAUGGCUUCAUACAUGGCUUUGAAGUUCCUUAUCCUUCAAAUGCUAUUACUGUUCCUGAUUAUGAAGCACAUGAAAUUGAAACAGUGCGUGUUAUGUUACUGUGCUGGGCUGCAGAUCACCCAGGACAAUGUGAGUUUGGAAAGUACUUGAACCAGGGGAAAUGUGCUUGUAGGAGAUGUAAGAUGGUAGGACAGCAAAGUCUUCAAUCAACUCACUAUUAUUAUGGUGAUAAUCGUUUUCAUGCUCGGCAUCCAUGGGAGAAGAGAGAUGUGACAGCAGAGGAGAGUACCUUUUAUGAUCUAGACAAUGAAAACCGAGUAAGUGUACGAAAGAAACUAUCAUCACAGGAAGGAUUUACUGGAACUCCAAUAUUUCAUCAAUAUUUGUAUCCCCUCUAUAAGUUUGACUGUUUAUACCACAUGGUUUAUGACAUUUUCCAUACUCUGCCUUUGAAUAUAUGCAAAAACCAACUUUCAAGACUGUUACAGCUAGAGUUAUUAGAUGCUGUAUAUGUAGAUGAGCAAAUUGCACAAUUUCCUUGGAACACAGAAUUUAAACAAGGACGUAUUCCUACUUCAAUUGGCAAAGAACACAAAGGCCUUGGACACUGGAAAGCAGAAUCUUUUCAGAAAUUUUUCUUUCCAAUGCUAGGAUGCAUUGUAGAGGAUAAGAUUCCAGACCCUAAAGAACUUGAAAUCAUAAGUUUAGUUUCCUACCUAACUGAACUGCACUUCUAUAGUGGGAGGAAUGGCUGGACGGAUAGCAUGAUACAGCUACAUGAGAGACUUGCACAAACACUGAUAAUAAGAAUUGAGGAGACACAAGGACUUGAAAUGUGCACAAUAUCGGUACACAAUUUGACACAUGCACAUGAAGACCUGAUAAACUUUGCAGCAUCAGACAACUAUUGGUGCGCUGUGUUUGAAAGAGCUGUAAAGAAAUAUGUAGGGCGCUCCCACAACUGUAAAGGAUUAGAAAUGACAUUUGCUAAAGCAGAAUGUAGAAGAGAAAGCUUGAAAAGUUUGGAACAAGCACAUGGUGAUCUCCCCAUUGAAGAAAAGGAUGAUAAGAUUGAGGGCAUUGUCAAGUCUGAGGAUGAGGCUAGGAAAAUCUGUACAGCCAGUAAAUGUGAAGGAUUGCUAAUAGGCUCAAGAAAACCUCAAUUGCAAGUAAUUGAGUUAACAGACAAUGAAUGUUCUAGAAUCAAUUCCAUUUUAUCACUCCCACAGUCUGUUCAAUCGGCAUCUAGAAUUGCAUCUACUUCAGGGAAAUGUUUUUUAAGUAAUGUUGGAUUUAAUGGCUUGGUCUUAUCAAGUAAUGACAAUAUUAUUGCUUCGUUGGAGGAUGGUGAAUGUAUUGUCCAGAUAAAGCGGUUCUUGUUGAUAAGAUAUGGACUAGACAAUAAUCACAGUGUAUUGAUUGAAGGUUUUAUAAAGCCUUUUAACAAAUCCUCUGAAGGAGAAAUUGAUGUUAAUGUAUGGAGUGGCUUUCCUAAAGUCAAAUUACAACCCAAUGAUAAUUCAGUCAUCUUUUCACAUCAAAGUGUACAGAGAAAGGUGAUGUUGUACAAGCAUGCUCAGACAAACCUUCAAACUGUUGUGGAUUAUGAUAGACAGUUAAAAGAUGUUCCAAGGCUCUUGGUCCCUGUGUAUCCAGAAAAAGAUGACAUGUUGUUCAUUCAAGGCGAAAAGCAAGGGGAUAUUUGGUACGGAAGAGUGUCAAGUGUUGAUUUGUCUAACAAGGCAGUUGAGGUGUAUUUCUAUGUGGAGAAACAACAACAUCCCAAUAGAUUUGUAAGAGAAAGCUUUUCCAGGCAAGCAAGAAACACUGUGGUCUUUGAUUCCAUAAUCGGUAUUGCAAAUGGUCACUGGAUAAGUGGAAACAUUUGGCAAAAGUCAGUAUAAAAUUCAUCUUGGAAUGUGUGCUGCACAGCUGAGCACAAAAUGUACAUUUUACUGUAAGCGAUCAAUCUUAUCAUAUUUAAUUUUAAUAUAGACUUGAACAGCAAUCUUACUUGGUUAAUUAGUAAUAAUUGUAUAACUUAUUUU